AUGAUGGCGGAAAUUGGAUUGAGAAAACGGAGGAUCAUGAGAUCCAUAACGGUGACUGUAAUUAGCGUCGUGACAGCUUCGAUGCUCGCUUCGGCCGAUAGAAGCGGGAUGAAAGAAGAUUUGGUUGCAGCAGCGACGGCGGAUGUUGAUGGUGAUUUGAGUUAUGGUUAUUUUGUGAAAUUGGCAAAUUAUUUGUUUCAAACAGAUGGAUCUGGUUAUCAGCAUGUUUGGCCUGAAAUGGAAUUUGGGUGGAAAAUUGUGGUUGGUAGCUUCAUCGGUUUUUGUGGUGCAGCUUUUGGGAGUGUAGGUGGUGUUGGUGGUGGUGGUAUAUUCGUGCCUAUGCUUACUCUCAUUAUUGGAUUUGAUCCUAAAUCCGCAACUGCCAUUUCCAAAUGUAUGAUAAUGGGAGCGGCCGCCUCGACUGUUUACUAUAAUCUUAAAUUAAGACACCCAACACUUGAUAUGCCGAUUAUUGACUAUGACCUGGCACUUCUUAUCCAACCAAUGUUAAUGCUUGGAAUUAGUAUUGGAGUUUCCUUCAAUGUUAUUUUUGCUGAUUGGAUGGUUACAGUCCUAUUAAUUAUUCUAUUUAUAGGCACAUCAACAAAGGCCUUUUGCAGAGGCGUUGAUACAUGGAACAAGGAAACCAUUAUGAAAAAGGAGGCUGCUAAGCGCUUAGAGCCAACUGGAGCCGAUGCAGUAGAUUACAAGUUUCUCCCUGGUGGGCCCAGCAAUGAAACAAAAGCCGAAGAAGCAUUAAAAGAAGAGGUCACUGUUUGGGAGAAUGUUUGCUGGAAGGAAUUUGGGCUUCUUUGCGUUGUUUGGGUCGCAUUUCUUGCGUUACAGAUUGCUAAGACUUAUACAACCACUUGUUCCAUAUUGUAUUGGGUGCUGAACUUGUUACAGAUUCCAGUUUCUUUUGGGGUAUCAGGGUAUGAGGCUAUAAGCUUAUACAAAGGUUCUAGAAAGAUAUCAUCAAAGGGAGAUUCCGACACCAACCUUACAGUUGGCCAAUUAAUCUUGUAUUGCUCGUGUGGCGUCCUAGCUGGCAUGGUUGGGGGCCUACUUGGUCUAGGUGGCGGAUUUAUCAUGGGCCCACUCUUCUUGGAGCUCGGAAUACCCCCCCAGGUUUCAAGUGCUACAGCUACUUUUGCCAUGAUGUUUUCUUCUUCAAUGUCUGUUGUGGAAUAUUAUCUUCUUAAGCGUUUCCCAGUUCCUUAUGCUUUGUACUUCCUUGUGGUUGCAACAAUCGCUGCUUUUGUUGGACAACAUGUCGUGAGAAGAAUAAUUAUUAUAUUGGGAAGGGCGUCUUUAAUUAUAUUCAUCCUCGCAUUCACCAUAUUCGUUAGUGCAAUCUCAUUAGGUGGAGUUGGAAUUUCAAACAUGAUUGAUAAAAUUGAACGACAUGAAUACAUGGGAUUCGAGAACCUAUGCAAAUACGAGGUUUGAGAUUACUUUGUUAUGCAAAUGCAAAUCCACAUUGGAUUUCGGUAGCAAAAUUUGUAAUUGUCUAAAUUUCUUAUAGGACCAUAUUUUUUUUUUUAUAUCACGUGUACUAGCUUGUAAUUUCUUUUCAUCUUCAUUUUUUUUGUAUAAUUAUGUAUUGUGCAAUAAGUUGAAUCUUAAUAAAGUGAGAAGAAAGUUAAAGUUUUUCAUGUGUUUACGUCUUAUUUACAAGAUGCUUUUAUGAAAAGUCCUCAGUCGCUCGGCUAACUAUGUUUAUCUUAUGGUUCUCAC